AUUGUGAAGGGUGCAUCCGGAAGUUUGAGAUUAUACUCUAAACUUGACAUUGCUGCUGCCAUCAGAGUAGUGUGUUCCUGGAAAGUGUGAGGAUCUUUAUUUAAUUUGGGGCUUUGUCUCACCGUAGUGUUAUUAUAAUUCGUUAGAGUAGGUGGGCUGUUGAAAGAGAUGCAGGGUGGGACGAAUUCUUAACUGGACAUUUAAAAAGGCAACAAUCUUUCCCGUCCGGUUGUUAUGGAGCAGCCACCUGGGAGCUUAGAUGAUCUACGGCCUCAAGACCUCUCCACCUCCAGCGUCCCCUCAGUGAUUGACCUGACAAGGAAAGGCGAGGAAUGUGUCGUCAACACCACGUCCCGCGAUGCUCUACGGAUGGUCAAGAGCCCCGUCUGGUACCCAAACUCUGGGACAAGCAACCCAGGAUUACCCUUAUCAGAGACCGGCUCCUCGGACAUCACACUCCAAUCAGGGGAUCAAAUUCAACCAGACAAUGCCUUCUCCCACACUACAGUCACCCUCUCCUACGUGAGCAGGUCUCACGUCUUCACCACUCACGACUCCCUGACUCGGCAUUCACCUCUGUACGGUGUGCCGCCUAUUAGCAAAUUGUCUCUCCACCCUCCUUGUGACUCAGAUAAAGGGCUUGGGGAAACUGGCUGUGCGUUCAACCAGCAUUGCUUGGAGCAGGUGGAGGGGCCCGUGCACCUCGCCACGGAGACAGAACUUUUCCAGUCUCAGGUGGGACCAGAGAACAAUAGGGGACUGCGUCUAACACCGGCGCCUCGUGAGUUAAAUGGUGGAGUCAUUUCCAGCGAUGGCAAUGUGGCUAAGCAUGUACAAGGUGAAGAGGGACACAUCCGCUCUCGGGAAAACAGAAACGGUUUGGAGAAUGGUCAGGGUCAUGGCUGGUCGAGCGGGGAGGAUGAGGAGAGGGGGGGCUCUGAGGUGCUCUUUGUCAUGUCUAAGAAACAGGACCCAGUGCUCGACCCGGAUAGCGUGGCUGCUAUAGACCAGUGUUCACGGAGCAGGGAGUACAUCAGUCCUCUGGAGGACCCAGUCUCCCCAUCAGCUACCUCACAGGACGAUGUGGAGGACGUGUUCAUCCUGCCUCAGGCCUCCAGCUCGCCCAGCGGCAACAACUCUUAUCUAGAGACAACUGAGGAGGUUGUGUGGGAGGCCCUGAGUACAGAAGGGGCCCUUCAGCCAGGCUCUGGCAUUAGAGAUAGCGCCACAAGGUUAGAUUCAAGCGAAGAAAAUAAGCAGCCUGUCCACACAGGGAAGGCAGUGUUGCAGCCUUUGAUUGACUUGACAGGUGACGUUUGUGUGUCAGAUGUUUCGGAAAACAAACCAAGGACCGUCAUUCCUCACAUGAACGGCAAUGCAAAGGCAUUACAGAGAACUUUAACAGAAAAGAAACUGCCAGUGCGUUCCGGCAGAGGGACACGGUUAGAGGCUAUAGUUAUGAACAUAAAUUCAAGCAGGUACAAAGUGUCAGGAUGCAUACGCACCAGUAAGAAAGCAAAUGCUCCCAAAUCGGCAGCUAGUGAUUCUAAGUUAGCCAGUCCUAAGAGGAAGGACACCCUGUCCGUAGGAAAACGGAAAAGCAGAGCGAAGGCGUCUUUCUCAGUUAAAACAAUCAAACAAAAAGCAGUAAUUCCAAUGAAAAGGGGUCAAACUAAUAACAUUAACACUGACAGUUGCAAAGACUCUACCUCUGAUUCUGAAAUCAAUCAUUCUAAAAUGUCACACAGCAGCACACCUCCAAAAAGCCCUCAGUCUGCUGUGCACAAAAACUCAAAGAAGGAGCCGGAGCAUCUAUCUCACCCUGACCCCUCACUGGAUCUUCAUGCGAAGAGGUCCCCCCCCCCAUCACUGCCACCAAAAUCUCCAAAGAAAAGCCCGGGCAAAGCCAAAGGCAAGGCAACUGGUAGCAAAACAUCUCCUACUGCCAAGACGAAGGGGGUUCGCACUCCCAAGAGGAGGCGAAAGAAACUUCAACAGAUCAAGUCGUCCUCCAUGUUCUCCCCCAGGGAGCCAGAGAUCAAGUUGAGGUACGUCAGUUACAAGGAGGAGAGAAGGGACCCGAGGUUAGACCGUUUCUCUCCAUUCGUCCGUGUGGAGUGCCAGCAGUCAUCGCCAUCACUGUGUACUGUAAUCAACUACCCCGAGGAGGUAAGGACACAACACAAGAAGGGCCAGCAGCAGCAGGCUCACCCUGGUGGAUUUGUUUCCGCAGUUGUACCCAGCACUUCCUGUCUGCAGCUGGGCCGAGCAUCCAUGCACAGCCAGCACCAGCGCUAUCUGGUCUGCUGCUUGUGCGGGCUGUCUGCCAACGCCAUGGACUUGGGGGACCUCCACGGCCCUUAUUACCCCGAAGGGUACCAGCUAAGCACCAAAACACCAGCGAGUAUGUCGGGCCUCAAAGAGGAAGACUUCAGCGAUUCGGACUCUUCGUCCUGCAGUAUCAGGGGCAGGGGGAGGAAGGGCGCCAUUCCACCUGCACCACGCCACCCCAGGCCAGGAGCUCGGCUAAAUGAGAAGGGCCUCACGGGGAGCCACCGGUGGGCCGCUGACUGUACAGGCAGCCCUGCAGCUAAGCGUGCUCGUUCAGACGCGGGCUCUGCCGACGUGGAGGACUGGUACAGCCCCCCUGUGGUACCUCUGGAGCCCUGCGAAUACUGGCUCCACGAAGACUGCGGCAUCUGGUCCGCAGGCGUGUUCCUUGUGAAGGGCAAAGUGUACGGACUGGAGGAGGCUGUCAAGGUGGCCCAGGAGACGACAUGUUCAGCGUGCCGUGAGCCAGGUGCUACACUGGGCUGCUUCUUCAAGUGCUGUCCCAACAAGUACCACUACAGGUGUGCUCUGGAGUCAGAGUGUGUACUCAUUGAAGCAAAUUUCUCCAUGAAGUGUAAAAAGCACAAGAACAAGACGUUCAAAGCCCCUCCAGGGAAGCGAUGGGAUGACAGGUGACAAAGUUAGCAGAAACCUCAUGAGACGCUCACCUGCAACAUCCCGCAGGGGCUCUUCUUCCCAGUCUGCAGGUAACCAUGGCGCCCGUGGACCGGGGUUCUUCUGACUGACAGCUAGCACCCGUAAACCUUAACUUCAACCUCUGCUCUUCAACUGCACUGUUAACCCCAGACACUGUGACUGGAGGAGCCCAGACCUCCCUCAGUCCAGUCUGACGGUACUCCUCAGAGACCUGCAGACUGAGGACACCUACUCUCAACUUCACAGAAAGUAACUUGCUGAAUUUGUCAUUUGUGUUGACUUUGUAGUUAUUUAUAUGGAUUUUUAUUUUCUCCUGGAUUAAAUACAAAUAACAAUCAAAGAUAUUUAAUUUUAAAGAUUUUGUAAGUAUUUGAUUAUAUUUGGUUUAUUUAUUACUGGAAUUUUCUAAUUGGCAUCUUUAGCAGUUGUCAAAGAGGUUAGAUUGUGUGUUUUUAAGUUAUUGCUAAAGCAGUUCAGUGUUGGAUUAUCAAGCCAGUCAUGGAGAUACUGGUUUUAUUAAAAAGAUGGGACAGAGCAAGGGCUGGGCGGUCGAGAUAAUACACUCUCAGAGGAAAGUACCCGAAUGGACGCUGUCAACACAACAGGGUUCCAUAUUAAACACGACACCUUUUUUUUAAUUUUUUAUUUGGAUUAUCAUGACACAUGGCAUUACAGUUUGUUUUACAAAGAGGGGUGCACAAACGCAUGUCUCAGCUACAGCCAAACGACACUUGCACUGAAUGUUGAGCCUGGUGGUUGUUAUGGAGGGGACCGUGUGUUUGAAUGUAUCCUCCCCAUGUGAUGGGGUUUUUGCAGGAAGCACUUUGGAGUGGCACUGAACAUGUCUGGUCUUGAGCAUAACCUUCUUCCCUCGCCGUCGUAUUGUUUGGUUCAGGCUCACUCACGUAGCGCUUCGAGAUUCACAGGUCAUUCUGUGAACUUUAACAAGAGACCCAUCUAACCACCAGGAUGAGUCCAUGUGAUUUUAUUUGGCUUAAAGCACUUUGGCUCUGCAGAGUUGAAAAGUACACGGGUUGUUUGUCUGCACGGCCCUUAAAUCAGUUGGUAUAGUAAUGGAAUUUGAAAUCAAUUUGAGAGCCCUGUUUAGGGAUAAUUAAUUAAGCAGGCUUAGUUUUUCCUUAGAAGUAAAGGGAUUCCUUUCAAUGCAAGGCACCUGCUGUUUACUUGGAUUUCUCCAGUUGGUGCUGCAAUCAAUUCUUUCAGUUUCAUUUUCUGAAUUUUGCAGCACAUUAUUCACGUCGUUUUAAGUGGACCUCAACAAAUCCUCCUUGGGACAUAAAGGACUAUUCUGCUUCACCAGUGUCACUAAAGUUUAAGAAGGAUGUGUGUCUGCAGAUUUUUAUGCUGACAUUGAGAAUAUUUAGUUUACAUCAAUAUUCAUUUCAGUAGGACUGACAGUGCUAGUGUUAAGAUUCUGGUAGUGUACUGCGAAUGGUGAAUUCACACCAGAACCUCUCUGAAAAGGCCUUAUCUGACAUACAAGAGGUAAACAUUUUUUCUAGUUCUCAAUCGCUUGUGUUGCAACGACAAAUCAGUGGAUGUACAUCACCUUCCUUUGGACAUCCUGAUGACUGAAGGCAGCUUGCAUGCACUUUUCUGCUGCAAACUCUGUUGUUAUCAAUACCAGGGGCAUGGUAGGCCAUUUCCUGAGGAAGCCUCCAACCACGCAGGUAAAUACUGACUGUCUGGGACUUGUGUGAACCGUGUAUUGAGAUUAGUUCCUGGUGUAUUAGUACUUGUUGAAUCAGGUGAUGAGGUCAGGGCUUUGGCCUGUCAGCCUGCCUGUUUGUUUUAGAGAGAAGUCUUUAUGUGAUCAGUGUUGCUAUAACGUCUAUGUACUUUCACAUAGCGCCAUUAGGGGCAGCGUUGUGCAGUCAGAGUGUGAGAGGUUCAUUAAGCCAUGGCUCCAUGGUAACUGAUAUCCACACAGAGGCAGCCGAAGGACUUUGCUGCUUAGUCUCUCACCAGCAGCAGCAGCAGCAGCAGGAUACACACACACACACACACACACACACACACACACACACACACACACACACACACACACACACACACACACACACACACACACACCCAAAUCCCCUUAUCCUGGAACAACACGUCUGUUUCGUUUGUGCCAUCCUUUGUUAUGUGUUUUUAUGUUUUGUUGCAGUGAAAUGAUUUUUAACGAGCAGUUGUGUCAGCAAGACUGAAAUGUUCAUUGCAAUGUUUUGUUUUUUUUCAAUUACAGGCGGAUGUUUGCAUUGUACCAAAUACAGCUUUUAGAAUAUGUUUUAUUCUUACAAAGUUUGGAUUUAAAAAAAAAAAAAAUUGUCCGUGUGUUAAUCUCAGGGCUGAAUCUCAGAUAUUCAGAUUUGAACUUUAUUUUUGUUUUCCGGGCACAUUGUCUUAACCCCACCCCACAUUAACUGGAGUAAUGAUACAUGUAGCAGGACGUGGUUAUCUCUACAGAUGCAAAGCCUGUCCUUCUACACACUACUCAUCACAUUCCAACGCCUCCUCCAUGUGUCUGUCUGUGCUGUGGUGUUUUUAGGUUUAACAUGGGACUAGGACUGCCAACUCGUGUCACUUUCUUCAUGGUCUUUAUUUUAUGGCAACUUUUUGUGCCGUCUUGGUCACCUCUCGGACCAUCAGAGGUCGUGUAAUUGUCAAAAAUAAAUAUUUUGUUCAACAUUGUG